GGUGAGAAGAGAGAGAGAGAGAGUUAUUAAGACACGUGGCUGUGGAGAAGAGUGAGUGAGAGACCCGUUAGCGCUUGCCAUCACGAAGUCCCUGUGCAGCUACACACCAUACCAAGCAAUGGCACUUGCGGACUUCUUGAUCGCGGCGGCCACCGUACUAGGCUUCAUCUCACUCGUCAAGAACCUGCUCGCCUUCGGCCGAUGGUUGCACGCCGCGUUCCUGAGGAAGCCGAAGGACUUGCGCGACUACGGCUCAUGGGCCGUCGUCACCGGUGCCACCGACGGCAUCGGGAAAGCCCUGGUCUUCGAGCUCGCCUCCAAGGGCCUCAACGUCGUACUCGUUGGUCGGAACCCCGGCAAACUCGAAGCCACCUCGAGCGAGCUGAGGGAGAGAUACGGCACAACCAUCGAGGUCAAGACCGUGAUCGCCGACUUUGCGAAGCUGAGCGGAGAGGAGAUAGCGGCGGCAAUGACGGGAGCGACGGAAGGGCUCGACGUCGGGUUGCUCGUUAACAACGCGGGGAUGGCUUAUCGGUACGCGUGGUACUUUCACGAGGUGGAUCGAGAGUUGAUGGAGAGCAUGUUGAGAGUGAACUUGAACGCAGCUGUAUGGGUGACGAAGGGAGUGAUCGAUGGAAUGUUGAAGAAGAAGAGAGGAGCGAUCUUGAAUAUAGGAUCUUGUUCGAGUGUGUAUGUUUCUUCGUAUCCACUUCAGACCUUGUAUGCAUCAACCAAAGCUUUUAUGGCAACGUUCUCGAGGAGCAUCGCUCUUGAGUACAAGGAGCGUGGGGUUGAUAUUCAAUGUCAGGUUCCCCUCUGCAUUGCUACAAAGAUGACCAAGUUGAGGAGGCGCCCGAUGCUCGUACCGUCUUCUGAAAUGUUCAGCAGAGCAAGCGUGCAGUGGAUUGGUUACGAGUGCCAAUGUAACCCCUAUUGGUCACACGCAGUGCAAGGGUUCGUGUUGCAUGCCCUAGACACGAUCACCAUUUGGUACUUCAAACGCCACAUGAAAUGGGUGAGAAAGAAGGGGCUUGAGCGAGAUCGCCAUCUUUAGGUCAAAUAUGGCGGUGCACCGUAAGAAUUCUCGAACGGUACCACCUUUGAUGUUGUGUGACUAGUGUGCAUGCUUUAGUUAUGAGAGAUCAGGGUGAUAGAUAUAAUGUAAAAUUUUUAUUGUGACUCUUUUGGAGUUGACGUGUUAGGUUGUAAAAACUCUUGGUUUUGUGUGCUCGAUUGGAUUUCCAUCAAUAAGUCCACUUACAUUCUUGUC